AUGGCGCGCGUCGAUACCUCGGCAGCAGAGCACCGCCCAACGAGUACGAUGUCGUCGCCAGCUAUGAAUACUCGCCAACGCAAGGUAGAUAAGCAAACCAAUGGAAGCGCCAAUGGAAACGCCAAUGGCCACUCCAAAUCGAACGGAAAUGCCAACGGAAACGGCCACGCGAUCACCACCACCACCAACGGCAAACCACAACCACAAGCAAACGGCGUCCCCAAACGCAAACAACGCUCCCUCCUCCGCCGACUAAAACGUCGCGCAAUAAAACACACCUGGUCAAUCCCCCUCGCCCUCCUAAUAACCCUCCUCUCCCUAUACGCCAUCAACCCCACCGAAUCCAACAUCCUCCACAACUUCAUCUUCCUCGCUUAUGCACAAGAUGCCGACCCAACCGACCCCGACGCCGCGGUCCAAUACGGCAAGGGACCAUGGGACAUCGCCUUCGUAGCCUUCUACGCCUUAGUCCUAACCUUCACACGCGAAUUCAUCAUGCAAGAGAUCCUCCGCCCCUUUGCGCGCUCGCGUUUCGCGGGCAUCAAGUCCCGCGGAAAACAGCUGCGCUGCAUGGAGCAGAUGUAUACGGCGAUAUACUUUGGCGUCACGGGGCCGGCGGGUUUAUAUGUGAUGCGACAGACGCCGGUAUGGUAUUUCCGUACUGCGGGAAUGUAUGAGCAAUUCCCGCAUUAUACGCAUUUCGCGGCGUUUAAGUUUUAUUAUCUCUUUGAAGCGGCUUAUUGGGCUCAACAGGCUUUGGUUAUGAUUCUGGGGCUUGAGAAGCCUAGGAAGGAUUUUCGGGAAUUGGUUGCGCAUCAUGUUGUUACUUUGGCUUUGAUUGGGUUGAGUUAUCGGUUUCAUUUUACGCAUAUUGGGAUUGCGGUUUAUAUCACGCAUGACCUUUCGAAAACAUUCCACUAUACAGACUCGGACUUGAUUAUCCCAUUCUACGCCACAAGUGUCGUGUCAUGGAUUUACCUCCGUCACUACUUGAACCUACACAUUCUCUGGUCCCUCCUAACCGAGUUCCAAACCAUCGGUCCCUACGAAUUGAACUGGGAGACGCAGCAGUACAAGUGCUGGAUCUCGAACAUCAUCACCUUUGCACUGCUAGCCAUGCUGCAAAGUCUGAAUUUAUUCUGGCUCUACUGUCUGAUGCGGAGUGCAUGGAAGUUCGUCGUUUAUGGCGUCAAGAAAGACGAUCGAUCGGAGGAUGAAACUGAGUCUGAGAUGGUUGCGGAUCAGAAGAAUGGUGGGAAACAGGUAAAGAAGCAGUAG